CACUUCUCGCCUUCCUCCUGCGAGGACGGGGCCAGGCGGAAGCUCCUCCCCCCCUGCUUUCCCCAGGAGGGCUGGGAGUGGCGGGGAGGAGCCGGAGGGGGUCUCUACCCGGACCAGGAUCUUUCCGCGGAGACUGCCGCUGCGCUGCCACUCCUCACUCCAGGUCGCUUCUGACUGAGGCAGCAGCCGGGCUGGGCUUGGCCCCGACGGCGCGGCCAGGAAGACAGAGCUCUCGAGGUGCCCGCCUGGGUUGCGCGCGUCAGGCCGGCGGCGGCUACGGCCUCCGUCCUCUCCGGGCCCGCGCGAGCACAUGGUGGCCGGGCCUGGCCCGGAGCUGAGCAGCCAAUGGGCGCCGCGCCCGACGUGAUGUCAGAGCAACGCUAGAAAAGGCGCGGAGCCUUGCGCUGGGCUGGGACUACAGCGACUCCUGCCCGGAUCGCGGCUCCUCCUCCUCCUCCUCCCGGUCGCCCGGCCUGGCCCUCCCCUCCGCCAGUUGCUCGCUCGCUCGCUCGCUCCCUCCCCCGUGCCUCGGUCCCCGGAGCAGACACCUCCGCCACCGUUGCGCCUGUCCUGCAGAGAAGUGCUCCGGCCGGCCCCGCCGCGGAUCCGGCCCGUCCAGGAGCUUCGCGCCAGCCGCUGCCCGUAGGCCUCCUGCCGGCUGCCCGCUCGUCCCAAGCGCGGCGGGAGCUCUCGCCGUCCGGGCGUCCUGGGGCUGCGCCGGGGCUAGGAGGCAAGCAGGCAAGCGGCGAUGCUUUGAGCCAGCCAGCCAGCGACCCCGCCAUCCCGCCCUCCGUCCGCCGACUGGCCUGGCCUGAGCCGACCUCGCCAGGGGACUGAAAGCAACCGCGAAGGCAGGCAGGCAGGCAGGCAGAAAGGAGGAAGCGAAGGCGAGACGGCGCGGCCGUGUUGGAGGCAUGGCGUGGCCUCCCCGCGAGUAACGGGAGCGGCCGGAGGACGAGCAGGAGAAGCGCGGGACCUCCCAAGCGGCGCCCGCCGGCCACCAGCCCAGCCCUGCCAUGCUCUUCCACAGCCUGGCCGGCUCAGAGAUGCACGGCGUCAUCGACGAGAUGGACCGGCGAGCCAAAGGCGACACGCCCGCCAUCAGCUCCGCCAUCGACCGCGGCGAGACUGAAACGCACGCCAUGCCCUCCAUCAGCAGCGAGAGGGCCGCCUUGUGCGCGGGCUGCGGGGGGAAGAUUUCGGACCGCUACUACCUCCUGGCGGUGGACAAGCAAUGGCACAUGCGCUGCCUCAAAUGCUGCGAGUGUAAACUCAACCUGGAGUCGGAGCUCACCUGCUUCAGUAAAGACGGCAGCAUCUACUGCAAGGAGGACUACUACAGGAGAUUCUCGGUCCAGCGCUGCGCCCGUUGUCACUUGGGCAUCUCUGCCUCCGAGAUGGUGAUGCGCGCCCGGGAAUCGGUUUACCACUUGAACUGUUUCACCUGCUCGACGUGCGCCAAAAUGUUGACCACGGGCGACCACUUCGGCAUGAAGGACAACCUGGUCUACUGCCGGCUGCACUUCGAGGCGCUGCUCCAGGGCGAGUACCAGCUGCACUUCAACCACGGCGAGGGCGCCGCCGGCAAAGGCCCAGCUCUGGGCGCCGCCGCUACUCUCGGCCUACCCUACUACAACGGCGUGGGUACCGUGCAGAAGGGACGGCCGAGGAAGAGGAAGAGCCCCGGGCCCGGCGCUGACUUGGCCGCCUACAACGCAGCUUUGAGCUGCAAUGAGAAUGACGGGGACCACCUGGACCGAGACCAGCAAUACCCCAGCAACCAGAAAACGAAGCGCAUGAGGACAUCGUUCAAACACCACCAAUUGCGGACAAUGAAGUCUUAUUUUGCUAUUAACCACAAUCCGGAUGCCAAGGACUUGAAACAGCUUGCUCAGAAAACAGGCUUGACCAAGAGGGUUCUCCAGGUCUGGUUCCAAAAUGCACGUGCUAAAUUCAGACGGAACCUCUUGCGCCAAGAGAACACAGGGGUGGACAAGACGUCUGACUCGACCCUCCAGGCCGGAACGCCCUCGGGCCCUGCUUCCGAAAUCUCCAACACCUCCAUGAGCCCGUCCAGCACCCCCACUACCUUAACGGACUUGACAAACCCCAGUAUGCCAUCAGUCACCUCGGUCUUGACCUCGGUGCCCGGGGGCUUGGAGGUCCACGAAUCUCGGAGCCCUUCACAGACAACGCUCACAAAUCUUUUCUGAUGACUCUCUCCCUUCCUUCAUCCCUUCCUUCUUUUUUUUUUCCUUUGAAAAAGAAAUUACUCUUAGUUGAGUUCCAAGCGUAUUUUUACUAGAGACUUUCUCACAGCUGGGCUAGCCACAGCGUAGGGUAUUUCUGAGGAGAAGGAGAACAGCAGCACGGUUCGGUCUGGUUUGACGGUCACAGGGCGGACGGAGGAUUCACUUGGAAGAGCAACUUGCCACACAACAUUUGUGUCAAUGUACAGUUUUGUGGACUGGGCGAGGGAAACAGCAAUUAAUUUAAGUUGGCUAAAGCUUCUGUAAUUUUCAAAGACUGCCAUGUGCCUUAUAUACUGUUCUCCCAUCCUUCGGAUCACACCCAUGUCCCCCCCCCCACGCCCAUCUCCUUUUUUCCUCUCUGUGUAUUUAUGACCAGGGCAAAGAACAAACAAACACAAAGAAGAAGAAAAAAUAAAUGGAAAAAAAAUGUUAAUAAGAGUUUUGUUACUUUGAAUUAGUCCUAAGCCCUUCAUUGAUUGUUCUGAUGUUUUAGAAUUUUAAAAGUGAAAAGUCUGUUCAGCUAUCAGAAUUUGUAAAAAUCUAACCAGUAAUAAAACCACUUAAAGGAAA